UUGUUGAACGAUUACUCGUUUAUUGAUAUGUUCCUUUUUGUUUAUGAAUCUUGCGGAGAUGCUUAGUUACGCUCUAUUAUCCAAUUUGAGUUUCACUGACCUAUUUUCUUACACUCUAUUAUAAUCAGAAGGAGAUAAAUGUUUGGUUUUUGUUCGAUUUAAAUCAGGCCAUGAUUUGAGAACUAGAUAUUUAUAUUUGUAUUCGGUAGAUAUUAUAAAAGAAAACAAAUUCCUUUGCUUUUCCGUAGAAUGUUACACGUCUCCAUCCCUCCUAUCAUCUUCUUAAUCAAUCACAUGAUUGAUGAUUCAUAUCCAGCUCUACUGAGAGAAGAAAUCGCACCUUCCCUGUACUUUUUUGUACUUUUUUAUUUUAUUUUAUUUGUUAAUUUUAGGUUUUUUGGUAAGCAACCCUUUAUUGUUACUUAAGAGUAGCAUGGAUGGGACUAGGGUUUCCAUGUGGAGUCAAAACCUUGGCAUUAAUAAUUAUUUGUCCAUAUCAGAUUAUUUUUAAUUUGUUCUACUAAUGCGAUACGAUGACUUAGAUAUCUAGUUCAUUAAUGUUCCAUUCGACCGAAUUGGCGGCAUUGGGUUCACAGAUUUGAGGUAAACAAAUAAUGAGUUACCAAACAGACAAUAGGAAUAUGGUGCCACAUGAGGGGAAGUAUUUUGCUAU